UAUAUAUAUAUAUAUACACCCCGGAGAACCCGAAUCAAUACACCACCUUUAAUCUCAGUCCUAAAACUUGACCAGACAAUACCUAUUUCCCCACCCAAUAUGUUUCGCCGGCUGCCAUUAACCCGUUCCCCGCGAUCCUGUUUCGUCUUUACUGCGUCCCCAUCUCGCAGACCAUUUAGCACCACUGGGACCAACUUGAACACCAACGAAUCCAGUUCGUUCAAAGAAGGGGUAUCUCGGUACAAACUCUUCGCAAGUCCGUUUGCCAAGGUCUUCUUGGGAGCCAUUUUCACCUACCAAGUGAUUUACUGGACAUGGCUGAAGCUUGAAAUGGAUGAGUCGAAAUAUAUCAAGAAUCAAGAAGUGGCGACUCUGGAGAAGCAGGCUAGGGAGCUGACGGGCACUCAAAAAUAAGGGAUUUUCAUCUUAUCCUACGCGAACAUUGUAUUGUAUAUACCCCGUAUGUCAAUGUAAGAUCUGACGUU